AUGUCCUUUAAAGAGAGUAAAAUUGAACAUCCUGUUAUACGACAAUUUAUUUUGCGCACCGCCGUGGUCAACUACCUGGGCAAGUCUCUGAAGUUGCAAUGGAAUAAUUGGAAGGAUGUUUGCAUCCAAAUAGAAAUAUCGAAAAUUAAAAAGGAGGAAGACAAUGAAAAGCGGCAAAAACUCGAAGACAAUAAAAAGGAGUUGCAAGAAAAGGUACAUACCGCACACAAGCUUUUGGAGCGCGAAUACAAUUCCCUUUUCACAUACAUGAUGAAAAAACGCGAGUUAUGGGACAGUCCCGAAUAUUUCAGCGCCAAAAGUGCUUUGGGAUCGGCAAUUCAAAAUUUGCGCCUGUAUGUGGCGACUUCACAAUUGCAGCUUCAAGACUUGAAAUCCACGCAAAAUUAGAAGGAUGUAACAAUAUAAGUGGACUACAAACAUUGAAGUUGAAAAAAAAUGCGGUUCAGUAGCUUAGAAUAUAUUAUAUUUUAAAAAAGUAAAUGAAUAAUUGUAA